UGAGUUGUCAAGAGCGUUUAUUUUCAAACCAGCAGCGCGUUGAAAGUUUGAAUGUGGUUUCAUUAAACUUAUCUACAUUCUUUCAUAGUGACAAUAGCCGUUGUUUUUUAAUUUAAAGUACUAGUGUGGUGCGUAAAAUAAACGUCAGUCAUUUGUUACGACGUCCACCUCCUUUACACGAGGAUUUAAGAAGAACUGCUGAUACUUUCCAAGCUGCCCAGAUAUCGUGCGUCGAGUCAACAAACAAGAAUACCUGAUCAAUUUUGUGUGGAAGUAUCAGUAAGAGUCUGGCAUGGCUAGUCAGACAACAAUGCAAGCAUCGUCUGGUAGUGAUCCUGAAACACAUGAGGGAGAUGAAUGCCGUGAAAAUAUUCCACCUCAAAAUGUCAGUGCUACAGGCACUGUUAAACCCCAGAUCCAAACUGCAGACAUGGUAGGAUGUACCUCCACGCAGCCAAGUGACAGCUGUCACUUUGCAGCCCCAGCUUCACACAGUGGAGUCAAAGCAAAAUCACGGAUGUCCAGUCUCCAAACUGCUCUAACACCAAUUUUCAAAUAUUUAAAUUUUGGUGUGAAAUGUAAAAACUCUCUGUCUCCAGAGCCUUUGGAACAUGGAAAAAGUCCUGAUCUGAAUGCGCCCUCUCUUCACCAUGAUAUCACAGACGACUGCAGCAAAGUAAGGGAAAGCAUCAGCCAGUGCCCUGCCACACAGAGCACUGUUGGACCUUCUGCCCAUGCAUUAAGUCAGAGGUAUCCUGAUAUUAUGCUAGAGGAGAUUACUCUGUUGGAUCUUACCGUUGAUUCCACUGUGCUAAUGGCUAGCCCCUCUGUAUUGUCUCUGACUCCUGUAUGUGUGAAGGCGAAGGCCAAGAAAUCAGAGGAGGUUGCUGAUAAACAUCCAGACUCGGAUCUAGGCUCUUCUCUAACCUUGGAGUCUGAGAUGAGUUCGGUGCUAACUCCAAGAGGGGGAAACAUAACACUAAAUGAUGCAAGCUCCCUCAAAGCUUCCUUGGAAGUCACUCGGGAUACUCCUACAGUAGAUAGUUUGAAAAUCAGACGGCCUUUGUCAGAAGUGAAUGAAGAAAAUGUUUCAGGGGUCAUGGGGUCAAUCACGAUUCAAAGUUCAGCUGAAAACUUGUCUCUCAUCGUUCCUGGCAAUGCCACCCAAAACAUUCGUUCAUCUAGUGACAACUUUGCCCAGUGCGUGGAGAAAAACGCCAUGAAUGACUGCAGCGGUGUCCGAGCUUCCUUGGUUGUAUCUCAGGAUGUUUCUCUGGUGGAUAGUCUGAAAAACAAUCAACCUUCAUCUGCAGUCAGCAACCAAAACAUGACAGACAAUGCCGGAUCAGUUAUGAGUCAAAGCUCAGCUGAAGGCUCGCUCAGCAGCGUUACUGGCAACGUCACCCGCGACAUAAGCUCCUCUAGUGACAAGUCUGCUCAGGUCGUCAUAACCAUGUCAUCUACUGUUGAUGUGGAGUGUGAUAACUCAAAGAACUGCACCUUUGAACUUCAGGUUGAACCUAUGGAGAGCUCCAAUCCUGGGGAAUCCAACAACACAAAGUUGCUAACCAGCAAGAUGCCACAAGCUAGCCUUAAGCCAGAUAUGAACAGUACCUUUACCACUCUCCAGACAUCCAAGCUGGACAUACACAGCAAUGUAGAUACUGCUGUUCAAACAUCCUGCCCUCAGAGCAACACCUCACUUCCUCCCCCAUCUAAUCCCACCACAGAGAGUGAGGCUGAAGGUGAAAAUAGUCCAGUCUCUCAGAACACCUUUGAAACCUGCCCUGUUAUCAAUCAGACCUUUUCAGCUGCAGAGACUUGUGCUCUUCAGAACAACACUUUUAACAUGCAGUCUGUUAAAAAGUCCAACAGCAAUACCAGUUUAGCAGAGGCUUGUCCCCAAAACAACACUUUAGAUAUUAAACCUCUUUUUAAGUCCAAUAGUAAAACUGCUUUGUCAGACACAAGCUCAAGUGCGAGUCUCCAGAACUCUUUGGACAUGCCCUCUCCUCCUAGGCUCUGUAACCCCACCACCAUCUCUAAAAACAACACUUUUGAAGCGCAUCCCCCGGGACUGUCAAAACCUAAUGGUACAGCAGCUGGCGCAGAGGCUAAUGCCAUGAAGCCUGAUACCUGUGAUAGCACUUUGGAAGACAAGCCUGUUGUAGUCUCUGGAGCCAAAGGAGGUGAGAGCAAAGAACCUUCACAAACAGGCAUGCCUGUUACAGAUGGACUUUCUGACUCUUUGGACCAUCAAAGCAUGGAUGUCGAGAGCAAAAAAGCAGACGCAUUCAAUUUGGAUGACUCCCUAGAUUUGAGGUCAGACUCUUGGGUUACAUCUACACCCAUGCCUGAUUGCAAAAUGUUGACCUUAGCUGCUGAACGCACAGCAGGCAAACCCCCAGAGGUGCAGAAAAGGCUGUAUGGGGAUGGCCCCAGCAAGCCAGUCACCCAGGUUGCUGCGCCCUCAAACAUAGUCAGUGACCGAAAGACAUUCUUAACAGUCCCCACUGCCAGAUCAUUGUUGCCUCCUUCUAGAGUUUCAUCCCAGCUAUUUAAAUACAAGCCAGGCUCCACACUUCCAGUGAGAUCUGAGCCACUUGCCCCUGGUCCACCUCUGACCAGACUGAGAGCCCAGGCAGAAGCCUCUAGAAACACAGAAGCUUCAGAUGCAGCCCCAAAGGAGACCACAGGUGUAUCAAGCUCCUCCAACAGGCGUUCAGCAGCUACAGGAUCCAAGCCACCUGGCACUGGCUUGCGGAGAGCUAUACCAAGUCUCAGGCCUCCAUCAGCAAGGAGCCAGGCAGCAGCCUGUAAUGUUGAUAAAUCCCAUGGACCUACAGUUACAGCUGCACAAGCACCCGGCCAGGGAAAGAAGCACAUCUUGAUCAAACAUGAAGCUUUACCAGUGGCAAAGAAAAAGAAGAUGGAUCUUCCUGUCCCAUCCACCGGUGCCGAGGCUGCAGCUUCAAGUAACCCAGCCAGCAGAGCUCAAAGCCUGAAGGUGCCUGCGCCCAGCCAGAGAGCUCUGCCGGCCAGAACUGAAAACCAGAAUAAGUCAGGGUGUACCAGAUGCUCACAGCUUGAGCAGCAGCUCAAGGAGCAGUCUGAAGAAAUAAAGAGACUGAGAGAAGAGCUACUCAAGCAGAGGGGACGAAAACAGCACUGAAUUCACUGCACUGAAUGAUUUGUGUUGUGAUGUUUACCUGUGUGGACCCCAGGAAAAGUACUUGCUGCCUUGAUUGUGACUGACGGGGAUCCAAAUAAAUAAAUAUUAAUUCAUUAAUAUGUUUUUAUUCUUGCAUAUACACUGUAAAUUAAAAUGUUAAUUAAAUGAAAACGGCUAUGAUAACAUUAAAAUUGUUUCUAUGCUGAGACACCA